AUGAUUAAUGAACGUAGUUCAACACAGUCCAAUACAUCAUCAUCGACUAAUAUGCCGUACGGAUAUCCGACAGGUCCUUUCGAUCUAAUGAAUAUCCAGCCGAUGCAAAAUCCAAGUGAUAUUUAUUCUUACUAUCCUCCAAGUCUUUAUCAACCAUUCAGUGCAUUUGAUGAACAUCAAUGGGGGUCAACAGAAACGUCGACUGGCCUACCACCCAACGGUCCAUUACAAUUUCAUCAGCCUAUUUAUACACCAACAGGACUGGACAUUUCACGGAAUCCAUUUGAUUAUGCAGCUCCACCUCACGCUUAUCCUCACUAUCACCCUGGUUUUACACCUUCGAACUUUCCAACAGCACCAUCAACAAGUACAUCCAAUUUCGAUAUCUCAUGGAAUCCUCACAAUCUGUCCAUACAACAACAAAUGCCUCCGAUUGGCGGCGGUAGUAGCAAUAAUAACGACAUCAAUUCAAAUAAGAAAUCAUCGAUUUACGAUAAUUAUUCAUCGAAUUCGGAUGGUGUAGGUGAUAUGCUUGCUCAACAUAUGAAAUCAGUUCAUCUUGGCAAUAAUGAUUCACAGAAUUAUAACAAUGGUACAAACGAUCGUACACAAAAUAUUAAUCUUCUGUCAUCGAAAGAACAACAGCAACAUUACACGUCGAAUAACAACGAUCUGUCCACAACACGUCCAACGCAACCAUCGGGUCCGAAAUCUUACGCAUCUGUGGUAUCGUCUGAUGGUAUGAACUCGAACAACAAUAAGACAAUAACACCGUCGAGUUCAAAUUUUCCUCUUCGUACAACUAACGAACGUGCAGCGAAUCCUUCGAAUGACUCAUUAAAUACGCGUACAACUACUCAACAAUCACGUCAUAAUAAUACGCCUGGAUUCAGUUCUCGUUAUCAACAACAAUCAUCUGCCAAUAGCGGUUUUCUUCAAUGGACGAACAAUAAUUCGGAUCGGUCAACAGCCAACAACAACAACCACAAACGACAAAAUCUUUCUUCAACUCGGACAAUGAAUGGAAAUCAAGAACCAGUCAGAAAUGAUCAACGAUACAAUCCUCAAGAUUUCAAUCUAAAUUCAAAGGGCGCUCGUUUCUUUGUGAUUAAAUCCUAUUCCGAAGAUGAUGUACAUCGUUCUAUUAAAUAUAACAUUUGGUGUUCAACUGAACAUGGAAAUAAACGACUAGAUAAUGCAUUUCGUGAGCGUGAAGGCAAAGGUCCAAUUUAUUUAUUUUUCUCCGUUAACGCUUCUGGUCAUUUUUGUGGAAUGGCCGAAAUGAUGUCACCUGUCGAUUACGAGCAUCAAACCGAUGUUUGGCACAUGUCAAAUAAAUGGCAAGGCAAAUUUGAAGUUAAAUGGAUCUAUGUCAAAGAUGUUCCCAAUCAACAAUUUCGAAAUAUUCGCUUAGAAAAUAAUGAAAAUAAACCGGUGACCAAUUCUCGAGACACACAAGAAAUUCCCUAUGAAAAAGGCAAAUUGAUGUUGAAAACUCUACACAUGUACCGUCAUAAAACAUCUAUUUUUGAUGAUUUUCAAUACUACGAAUCAAAACAAGCCGAAGAGACGGUAACAAAGCAACCUUCGAAUAAUGAAGUCAAUCCUAGCCAUCAACAAAGUAACCGACGAACUUUGUUAUCCAAUCGAACAGCUCAACGAGAACACCAAGAAAAUGAACAUAAUAACGAUGAAUAA